UGAACGAAGUCAGUCGAGUGAAGGAGGCUUUGGAGAAAGAGCUUCGGAGUUUGGCUGUGCAGACAGCGGAAGAUGCCAGGCAUUUUAUGCAGCAACUGUCCCAGGAGAAGACAGAGACCCUGGCCUCCCUGGAGGACACCAGGAACACCAAUGCAAACUUGCAGAAUGAGAUCGAUUUCCUGAAUUCCGUGAUCGUGGACCUCCAAAGAAAGAAUCAGGACCUCAAGAUGAAAGUGGAGAUGAUAUCCGAGGUGGCUCUCGACGGGAACGGGGACGACUCAACAAUUACGACGACAACUUCGGCCCGGCCACCCCAUUCUCUGCACUGUGCAGCAAUCACCAGCACUUGAAGGAUGACAUAACCAGCUAUUUGUGAAACACCUAGAAUAACCAUUUUACUGUCUUUACAAGGUUUACAUUUUUCACUGUGGUUUUAGAUGAAUGUAUGAUGAGAAAUUCAACAUUACUAAUUUUGGAUUUUCUUACCACAAAAAGAUUGAAUGAAGGACCUCAACCAUCAGAAGUUUGUCAUCCAGUUUCAAUCUAUUUUUCUUUAUUUGAAUGUUUUCUAGUUCUGUCAAAAGUGAUAAUGUACCAUCCAGGCUACAUGUAUAAUAAGAACUUCUAUAAUUAUAUGUAUGAUUUUGAUGUAUUUUCCUCUGGAGAUUAUCAGCUGUCUGACAAGUGAAAGAUCUGGAUCCAUUGAAAUUUUUAGUAAUGACCAUUAUUGAAAUUGUUUCACAAACUAUGUAAAGCAGUAUUAAAAUUUGAGCAAGCAAGUGUUCUAUAUCUACUUUAAUAAAAUUAUUUAUU